AUGUCGAUGCGAGGGGCCACUUGUGAUAACAGUGAGUUCAUGGGAAGAGAAGGUGGGGAGGAGGAGGAGGAGGAGGAGGAGGAGGAGGAGGAGGAGGAGGAGGAGGAGGAGGAGGAGGAGGAGGAGGAGGAGGGGGAGGACCUAGAGGAGGACAUGGCGGCAGCUGCAGACACUGCAACCUUAGACCCAGAUGACCCUUACCCCAACACUGUGCGCUACAGAGGAGCAGCAGCAGCAGCAGCAGCAGCAGCAGCAGCAGCAACAGAGAAGCUAGUGGAACCAGAAGACACUACUGCACGUGCAUGGACAGUAGUUGGACUUGCGUGGCACUGUUUGGAAUGUGUGGUCGUUUGCAUGCAGCCACUUCGUAGGCGCUGGUAG